AUGAACUCAACACUAAGCAUAUCACCAGAAUCAAUAGACUCUAAUGAAAAACAAGAUGAUACAUCAAGCACAUUUUCAAGUACUACAAAUGGAAAACACAACACUACAAAUACAUCAACUUCAAUGUUUAAAAAGAUCAUAGGUAAGAUCAAAUUUAAAAAUAUAUUUGAAAAAACAGAAGAUAGACCAACACCUCCUCAAGUUUAUAAUUAUAGAAUUUAUAUGACUGCAUUAAUGGCUUCGGCGGCAGCUAUAAUUAUAGGAUAUGAUAGUGGAUUUAUUGGAGGAGCAGUUUCAUUACCUUCUUUUCAAAGAGAAUUUGGUUUAGAUAAAGCAGAGAAUUCAGCUUAUAUUAUUUCAAAUGUUAUUUCCGUGUUUCAUGUUGGUUGUUUCUUUGGUGCAAUUUUUUCAUAUCCUGCUUCGCAUUACUUUGGUAGAAGAAUACCGUUGAUAGCAGCUGCUUUGUUGGUUACUCUUGGAUCUGGUAUAAUGCUUGCUGCAAAUGGAUCUGUUGGAUUAGGACCUAUGUAUGCAGGGAGAGUAUUAACAGGAUUAGCUAUUGGAUGUUCAAGUAAUUUAACUGUUGUUUACAUAUCUGAAAUAUCACCACCAGCUAUUAGAGGUCAAUUAACUGCAAGUUAUGAAAUAGGAUGGAGAAUAGGUGAUUUAGUUGGAUUUUUUAUUAAUUAUGGACUUUCACAGCAUAUAUCAAAUGAUCUGAGAAAUCAAUGGUACAUAGCAUUUGCAAUUCAAUUAAUUCCAUCUGGAUUAUUUUUACUUGGUGGUUUAUUCAUGAAAGAAAGUCCAAGAUGGUUAAUACAAGUUGGUAGAUAUGAAGAAGCAAUUAAAAAUCUUACAUGGCUUAGGAAUUUACCUGAAUCGGAUGAAUAUAUUAUUUAUGAAGUCAAUCAAUGUAAGGAAAGUGUUGAAGAACAAAGACAAAAAGUAGGAUUGGGAAUAAUGGAUCCAUUUUAUGAAGUCUUUUUCCAUAAUAGAAAAUUGUUAUAUCGUUUAUUUAUAACUGUGAUGCUUUUCAUAUUUUGUAAUUUUAUGGGUAUUCAAGCAGUUAACUAUUAUUCUCCAAAGAUAUUCCAAGGCUUGGGAGUUAAGGGAGUAAGUGCUUCAUUGUUGUCUUCUGGUUUGUUUGGAGUUGUUAAAUUUGUAAUGACAUUUGUCUUCAUAUUGUUCAUUGUUGAUUCAGUGGGAAGAAGACCAGCAUUUAUGGUAUCAUCGACAAUUUGUUCAAUCUGUUUUUGGUAUAUUGGUGCUUUUUUGAAAGUUGAUGAUCCAACAAAGCCAGGAAAUAACGCAGGACCAGCGGGUAAAGCAGCUAUUGGUUUAAUCUACGUUUGGAUUGCCUUUUUCAUGGCUUGGAGCAGCUUACCGUGGUUACUAGGGGCUGAACUGUUUGAUCAAAAUGUUAGGACCUUUGUGCAAAGCAUCAACGCAUCUGCAUCUUGGAUAGCCAUCUUCGUGAUGGCUAGAUGGACGCAGACAAUGAUACUGUCCAUGCAUUAUGGGAUCUAUUUCUUCUUUGCAAUGAUAGCUUUGAUAAGUGUACCCUUUGUUUACUUUUUAAUACCGGAGACUAAAGGGGUCUCUUUAGAACAAAUGGAUCGGUUGUUCAGCAUUAGACCUGUUAGGAAAGCUCAUAAAAUUGUAUUAACUAGUGCUAGACGUGAGAACGAAGAAAUCUUUAAUGAAAAUCAUGAUAAUAAUUUAUUCAAGACAGAUACAAGGAAGCCAGAAGUGGAAACUUGUGAAGAUAUACUUGUUAAUGAGAGGAAUAAUCUUGUUAACAAGCAAAAUAAGUAG